AUGGCAAAAGAAGCCUACCUGUACACCCUGAUCACCCUCCUCUUCAUUCAUGUAUCCGCCCAAUUACUGCAGCUCCCCCCUCCCACAGGACCCUUCACCGUCGGUACCCUAGAGAUACAGAUACACGACUCUCGGCGGCUCGACGUAUUCGCACCAACCCCCAAUAUCCCCCGCACAUUCAUGGUACAGGUCUUCUACCCCGCCAAACACAGCACACUCCACACCCUGUACUACGCCGCCUCGUACAUGAAGCAGCAGGCAGCCCUUGCCUACGAAGCCGCCAAGGGCCUACAGGCUGGUACCCUCAGCGCUCUGCAGAGCAACUCGCUCCCCGGCGCGACCCUCCACGUCGCCGACAACAACCUCACAAACAUUAUCAUCUUCUCACCGGGGUUCCAGCUCUCGCGCGUGUUCUAUACCAGUAUCUUAGAGGACCUUGCGUCGAAAGGGUAUGUGGUGAUUGCCAUCGACCACACCUACGAUGCCGAGGCGGUCGAGAUGGCCGAUGGCUCUGUGGCCACGGGACACUUCGUGGGCGUGCCCGAGGCAGAUCUGGACCUGAGCGAGGUAUCACAGGCGUUUACUGCGCGCACGGAGGACGUGGUGUAUGUGAUUGACGCAGUGUGGGAGAUCAUGGCGCAUGUGCCGGGUUUCACUGACUUUGUCGAUAUCGGCGGGCUGGCGGUGUUUGGGCACUCGUUUGGCGGGGCAGUAGCAGCAGAAGUUUGUUGGCUUGAUGGGCGGGUGCUGGGCGGGCUGAACAUGGACGGGGACUUCUACGGCGAGGUUGUGGGCGAGGGGUUGAAUAAGCCGUUUAUGUACAUGGAUUCUGCGCACGGUGAUGAUGUUGUACGGAGUCCGGCACAGGUGGAGGUGUGGGAGAGGCUGCGGAGCUGGAGGAGACAUGUGAGAGUGAGCGGGCUGCGGCAUAUGGGCUAUUCAGAUUUCCCAGUGCUGACGGAGCUGUUGGGGCUGGCGGAGGAAAUGCCGGAGGGUGUGUAUGAGGGCUUGUAUGGCGCGGCGGAGGCAGCGAGGAGUGCGCUGGUGGUGAAGACGUUUGUAGCGGCGUUUUUUGACUUUUUGUUUACUGGGGUGAAGAGUGUGUUGUUGUCGAAUGAGUUGAACGAGGAGUGGCCCGAGGUGUCGUUCCCGAUGGGGAGGGAUUUCAAGUAG